AUGGUCAAAGUCGCAGAGAACCGUGUGAUCGAUCUCGAUCUCCUUCCAGGCGAUAAAAGAGGCGAUAAACUCGCUGAACAAACAAAAGCUGCCAUCGCAGGCAGAGUUCCUCAGGACGAAGCUCAAGGCAUCUCCUCGAAUACACAAAACGCUGUCACUGCUCUUGGGGGCACUGUAGGAGGAGGCGUUAAAGGAGUCGUCGACGCAGUCGGAAACACCGUCGGAACACUUGGCGAAGGCGUGGUUGGCACCGUGCAAGGUGUUGGCGACGGUCUAGGCAGCACUGUACAAUUUGCAGGAGGAGCAGUAGGUGCCGGUGCGGGCCAAGUCGGCAGCAUGUUCUCAGGCAGCCAAAAGCAGGGCGGCGAGGAUCCGAAGGAGAUUCAGAAACAGCGACUCGAGGAAGCCACAGACAAAACAAAGGAGAUCAGUGGUGAAUUGGAGGAUUCGGUGCAGGAACACAGCAAGAGUGCGAUCGGCUCAACCAAGGAGAGUACCGAAGGAGGCAAAGAGGCUACCGGUGGAGUGGCAGAAAACACCCAGGAGAAGGUAGCAGGAGUUGCAUCGUCUUCUUCGUGA